UUCUUUUAAGUGUUUAUUUUCAACAGGGUACGAAAAUAAUUGCACAAAUGCGUAUUAUCAGGUGGGGUCUCCUAACAUACGAAAAUAUUCUGAGGGAGUGAACAUGGACAAAUUUACAGAAGAGUUGAAUGUUGAUUCUGAAGAUCAUUCUACAAGUGAACCUUCUGAAAACCAACAGUUGCAGAAGAAAAAACAAGAAAAUCCUUGUAGUAUUAAAGGAAAAAACAUUGAAAUUCCUGAGACACGGAAAUCCCGACGAAAGAGCCAGCCAAGGCGGAUAGUCGUAGAAGAGGUGGAUAACCACUGUGAUUUGUGUGGAGAAGACUUCAGCAAUAGUUCAGCUUACAUUCUCCACAUCAGAAAAUGUCAGGACAACAGUACAUUCUCCUUGAGAGAAUCUCGAGCAAAAAAGAAGAUCAAAGAUGAUUCAUUCCAUGAAGAUGAAAGUCCAUCUGGUCAGACCAAGAAAUGUGGAGGAAAAGUGACGUGUGAUCAUUGUUAUGAGAAAUUCUGGCAGAGCGAGUUGAAGGAUCACAUACAAGAUGUUCACGGAAUCUCCGACAUGUACACUUGUUGUCAUUGCGAGGCAACAUAUGAUUCUAGGCGGAGUUAUGCCUCUCAUAUGAGAUAUGCACAUGAUGAUAAAAAGGCCUUUAAAUGUUCCUCCUGCAGUAACUCGUAUGAAUUGUAUGAAUCCUUAAAGAGACAUAAUCGCAUUCACAACAAGGAUCUGGCUCUAACGUGUGAUGAAUGUGGAAAGUCUUUUGCUGAGAAAAUCACACUAAAGAGACAUAAAACAAUUCACACUGGAGAAAAACCAUACUGUUGUAAAGUAUGUGGCAUGGCUUUCCGUGACCCCAGUACCAUGAGAAAACACGUCAAGCGGCACAGCUCAGAGAGGCCAUUUGCCUGUGAGACUUGUGGGAAAUUGUUUGCCAGUACCUACGAUAUGAGGAAACAUUCCAGGAUUCAUUUGAAUGAUGAAGAAAGACCCUACAAGUGUGAGGUCUGUGGAAAGGCUUUUUACUUGAUUGCUGCCAUGAAAACUCACCUUAGAACUCAUUCAGGUGAGAGAAUCUUCAAAUGUGACAUGUGUGACAGGGCUUUUUGUGACUCUAGAAAUCUAUGGGCUCACAAGAAAAUUCACACCAAUGAACGUGACCACCAGUGUGCUGUAUGUGGAGUGGCCUUUAGGUGGAGCUGUAAUCUAGUACGACACAUGAAAACGGUGCACGAAGGGGUGAAAGAAUUUGUAUGUAGUGUGUGUGGUAAGGCAUUCGGACAAAAAGGAGCUUUGACAGUGCACCUCCGAAUUCAUAGUGGAGAGCGUCCAUUUUCUUGUCAGGAUUGUGGGAAAAGCUUCACAGACAAGAGCUCACUUUAUCAUCAUCUAGAGACUCACCAGAAAAUUAAACCAUUUCCUUGUCAGGUUUGCGGGAGGAGGUUCGGUCGAGGUUUUGUCCUGAAGCGCCACAUGAAUCGCCAUGUAAAGAAGAUGGUAUGCCGUGUGAUGAACUCCACCACAGAGAAUCGCAAUGAGAUUCUCAUCCAGGAGGCGGAGCCUGACCUAAAUUUGCUGACAGAAGGGGAUAAAUUGAGUGAUGUAAAUGAUGAUGAGGAAAAUGACGAGUAUGAUGAAUUUGUUGGUGAUGAAGAUGUUGAAGAGGAUCAUGAACAAAAAGAGUCAGAAUCUCAGAAUCUGCUGUGAAAAAUUGUCAUAAUAUAAAAUCUAAUGCACAUAUUCAAGAAAGCAGUGAAAAAUCUUUUUAUUGAAAUACGGCUAUAAAGAGCAGAUCACUGAAAAUUUUUAUGUGACAGUUCCAUGUAUAAGUGUUCAUCGUCCUGCCAGGAAGGACUUUUUUUUCAAAUUUCAUUUCAAGUUACAACCAAUGCCAUUUGUAGAUGGAGAAACAAAAUCAAUUGUCAAUUUCUGUCUCUGUAUUAAAAUGACAAAUAGGGAUUUUAUAAGCCUAGUACAGUCAUGUUAAAUAAUAUUAGACAAAAUAUGUCUAACACUUUCAAGUCAUUCUUCAGAUCAACUUGUGAAUAAUUUUUUACAUACAUGUAAUUAAGUGCUUAAAUACUAGACUAUUCCUAUUGUUAUGUUAUUCUGUCAAACAUGUACCUAGAUGUAUU